UACAUGGCCGUGUCUAAGGGGGGCAGCACUCUGCGGGACCUGCAGCUGGCCCUGCAGCUGAAGAUCGAGGAGCUGCGACAGAGAGACGCGCUCAUCGACGACCUGGAGCUGGAGCUGGACACCAAAGACGACCUCAUCCGACAGCUGCAGUACGAGCUGGACAGACACCGCAGCUCCUCGCAGGUCACUGUUAGUGUCGCGGAGACGACAAACACAGAAGAAGCAGUGACUGUGAAUCCAGUGGGUUCUGAUGAGCCUCUGCGUACAAAGAGACAGGCUAUCUCAGCAGAACCGUCAGCACUGGACCCGUCACAGCUGACCGAUGUCACGCUAACAAGCUACUGCAAAUCAAAAGAAUCCAGUGAGUUGAUUCAGAAAGCUCUGAUGGACAACGACUUUAUGAAACACCUGGAACACGGACAGAUCCUCACCAUCAUGGACUGCAUGCGUCCGACCAGCUUAACCAAAGGCUGCUGUGUGAUCCAGGAGGGAGACGACGGCUCCACCGUCUACGUCCUGGAGGAGGGGAUGGUGGAGGUGACAAAACAAGGGAAGAAACUGUGCAGCAUCGGUCCAGAGAAAGUGUUCGGAGAACUCGCCAUCCUGUACAACUGCACACGCACAGCCACUGUCACAGCCUUGACGGACAUUAAGCUGUGGGCGAUUGACCGGCAGGACUUCCAGACCAUCAUGAUGAGGACUGGUCUCAUCAAACUGUCCCAGUACACAGACUUCCUCCGCAGUGUCCCGUCUUUCCAGUCUCUCCCUGAGGACAUUCUCAGUAAACUGGCCGACGUGCUGGAGGAGACUCAUUACAGCGACGGUGAUUACAUUAUCCGUCAGGGAGCCUCCGGGGACACGUUCUUCAUCAUCAGCCAAGGACAGGUGAAAGUCUCUCAGCAGAACUCAGACACUGACGAGCAGGUGCCAGAGAAGACGCUCACUAAAGGAGACUGGUUUGGAGAGCAAGCACUGAAAGGCGAGGACGUCCGUACAGCCAGUGUCACGGCAGUGGGAGACGUCACAUGUCUGGUCAUUGAUAGAGAGUCGUUCAAACAGCUGAUCGGAGGACUGGACGACGUCAACAACAAGCAGUGCGACAACGACGAAGUCAAGGCCAGGCUCCAAGAAGAGUCAGACUUCUUCUCCAGUGUUACACUCAAGGACUUCAAUAUCAUCUGCACGCUGGGGAUGGGAGGCUUCAGCCGUGUGGAGCUGGUGCAACUGAAGAACGAUUCCACGCGAUCUUUCGCCCUCAAAGUGUUGAAGAAGCGUCACAUCCUGGACAGCAGCCAGCAGGGCCACAUCCUGUCAGAGCGCCGCAUCAUGAUGGAGGUUCACAGUCCGUUCAUCAUCAGGUUGUACCGGACGUUCAGAGACUCCAAAUAUCUGUACAUGCUGCUGGAGGUUUGUCUCGGAGGAGAACUGUGGACGCUGCUCAGGGACAGAGGUUCGUUUGACGACAGCAUCACACGUUUCUACACGGGCUGCGUCAUCGAGGCUCUGGCUUUCCUGCACGCCAGAGGAAUCAUCUACAGAGACCUGAAGCCGGAGAACAUCAUCCUGGACCACAAAGAGAUCGUGGACUUUGGCUUCGCUAAGAAAGUGGGUCUGGGGAAGAAGACAUGGACGUUCUGUGGGACUCCUGAGUACGUGGCUCCUGAGAUCAUCCUGAACAAAGGUCACGACAACUCGGCCGACUGCUGGUCGCUGGGGAUUUUGGUGUUUGAGCUGCUCAGUGGCAGUCCUCCAUUCUGUGGCUCUGACCCCAUGAAGACCUACAACAUCAUCCUGAGAGGCAUCGACAUGGUGGAGUUUCCCAAGAAGAUCACGAAGAGCGCGGCCAACCUCAUCAAACGCCUGUGCAGGGACAACCCUUCAGAACGUCUGGGGAACCAGAAGAACGGAGUGAAGGACAUCCAGAAACACAAGUGGUUUGAGGGAUUCAACUGGGACGGACUCCGGCAGGGAAGCAUUGACUCCCCCUCCUCCUCCUUCUUUUGUCCUCGUCAGGUGAGUGGACCACUGGACACCAGCAACUUUGACUAUUUCCCUGAGGACGCGGACGAGCCGCCUCCUGACGAAGAGUCUGGCUGGGACCUGGAGUUUUAAACGUGUCAGAGAAAGAGGAAGAGAAGCCAUGGGAGGAAGAUGAGUCCAGAAUCACAUGCAGACAUGUAUAAUCGUGUUUUAACUGCUGAAGAAGUCUGAUCAUCUCCUGGUCAAGAUAAUCCCUCACUAGUCCUGUGACAGGGACGUCUGGGGUUAGAUUUAAAGGCACCUGGUUAAAUGGACGACAACAUCGUCUGCAUCACGACACACUUUAAAGUCCUUCCAUCUUCUGGUCUGGAACUCUGCUUUUAUCGUUCAGACUUUUCCCAACGAUAAACACCAAUAUUUAUUAAACUUUGAAUUUA